AUGGAAGCAAUCAGAAAACAAGCUUCAAAGCUCAGAGAACAAGUGGCCAGACAGCAACAGGCUGUCCUAAGACAGUUUGGGGGAGGAGGUUAUGGAGGUUCAGAUACUGUAAUAACCGACGAGGAAGAGUUACAUAGGCAUCAGAAACUUGAGAAGCUUUACAUCUCAACACGUUCUGCUAAGCAUUUUCAACGGGACAUUGUUCGUUGUGUUGAAGGAUCCAUCGUUACAGGAUCCAAACAAGUCGAAAUAGGUAGAAAGUUGUGUGAGGACAGCAGGAGAUAUGGUUCAGGAAAUACAUGUACAAGUGGUGACACACUAACAGGAGCUUCACUAAAUUUCGCAAAUGCUCGCGCUCAAAUGGAGAAAGAGCGCGGAAAUCUCUUGAAGGCUCUUGGCACACAGGUCGCUGAGCCAUUAAGGGCAAUGGUCAUGGGAGCUCCAUUGGUGGAUGCUCGACACUUAGCACAACGCUAUGAACGGAUGCGACAAGAAGCUGAAUCUCAGACUAUUGAAGUAUCAAAACGACAAGCUAAGGUUAGAGAGAAUCCUGGUAAUCCAGAACUAGUAAUGAAGUUGGAAUAUGCUGAAGCAAAACUACAAGAUCUUAAAUCAAGUAUGACCAUAUUGGGUAAGGAAGCAGCUUCUGCCAUGGCUGCUGUUGAAGAGCAACAACAAAACCAAACUCUCCAGCGGCUUAUAACUUUGGUUGAAGCAGAGCGUAGUUAUCACCAAAAGAUUCUUGAGAUUAUUGAACGGCUAGAAGGAGAGAUGAGAUUUGAGCAACAAAGAAUCGAAGAAGCGCCUCAAACUCCACAAGUAGAGAACAUCACAUCUUCACCUCCUCCUCCUUCAUAUGAAGAAGCUAGUAAUGGAGUCAAUGCUUCUCAGAUGCAUGAUGGAACAUCCGACGCCAUGGGGUACUUCUUAGGAGAGGUCAUGUUUCCUUAUCAAUCUGAUUCAGAAAUUGAGCUCAGCUUAUCGGUUGGAGACUAUGUUGUUAUCAGAGAGGUAACGAGUAGCGGGUGGGCAGAAGGAGAAUGUAAAGGAAAAGCAGGAAAGAAGCUAGGAGGUUUCCUUGGAGACAUAUAUCAGUUACCAACAAGUUCUCCAGAGACUCUUAUCAAUAAGUUCCAUCUAGCACUAACCAGAGGAAGAUGAUGAGUUUGUUUUGUGCUACUCUUAGUUAGCAAUCUACUAAACAUCAUGUUUA